UAAUGUCCGUGAACUAGAAAUAAUACUAAGUAGAGGAAUAUACGAUAUUAUCAAGGAGAACAUAUAUAUGAAAUGAAUUAGAAAAUUCAACAAACACAGGUACUGUUUUGAAGCUGUUAGUCGUACUCUAAAUGAUCUUUGUCAAGUAAAUGAUCAGUACAUCUUUGGAAAUAUUCCUGUUAUCUUAGGGGGUGACUUUGCACAAACUCUACCAGUUGUUCAACAUGGAUAUCGAGCUGCCUUACUUAAUUCUUGCCUGCAGCGCUCAUCAAUUUGGCCCCACCUUCAACAAUUAUGUUUCACACAAAAUAUGCGAGUAUCCAGUAAUCCUGUCAAUGUAGAGUUUAUCCCAUUUCUGGCAACAAUGUCCUAUAAUCCAAACCAAUAUAGUACACCCAAGGUUCCUGGCUUCAUUCAUCAAUUACACAGUCUUUCUGCAUUUUGUCAGCAUAUCUUUCCUCAAAAACUGAUGGUUCAAGCAGUAGAAGAUCAUACAAUAUUAAAGUCAAGACCUAUCUUAUCAUUUCGUAAUGAUACUGUUUCAGAAUUUAAUGAACUAUUAAUUCUGAACUUUCCAGGUGAACUUUUUACCUUUCAUGCUAUUAAUACAGUUGAUAUUAAUGAGUAGUCACCAGGAGUUGAUCAACUUCCUGCUGAAUAUUUGCAAAGUAUUCACCAUGCCUCACUACCACCAUCAAAAUUGUGUCUGAAAAUUGAAGUACCAGUCAUACUACUGCAGAAUCUUAGUCUAAAAGAUGGCCUUUUAAAUGGUACAAGAUUAACUGUUACUCAUAUUGGACAUUCACAUAUUAGAGUAAGAAUAAUGGAAGGAAAGUUCAGUGGUCAGGAGAGAAUGUUACCAAGGAUUAAAGUUACAACCCUGGAGAAUGAUUUGCUAUUUAUUCUGACAAGAAAACAAUUUCCAAUACGGCUUUGCUUUGCUAUGACAGUUAAUAAGGCACAAGAACAGUCUCUUUCUGUUGUUGGUGUUAAUUUAUGGACUUUAGCAUUUUCCCAUGAGUAGCUCUAUGUAUCACUUUCAAGAGUUACCUCAAUUGUUGGAAUUACAGUUCUCCUUCCUGAUAAUGAAGAUAAAACAGAAAAUAUUGUAUUUCCAGAAGUACUUCUUCAU